AUGACUCCCUCGUCUUCGAGAACCCCACCGACCACGACCACAAGAACAACCACAACCACGACUACAUCGAACCCUCCAGGCGAGAACACGGAACACAUGGUAGUGUCGGUCGUGUAUUCCAACGGAGUGAUCGGCGCUUCCUACUACACCCAAGCCUUCCUCGACGUCCGAAUGACACCUCAGCUCCCGGAUCAGGGGUGUAAUCUUCAACAGCUCCAAUUGCUCCUGCAGAAAUUACAACCGAGCACGAUAAUCAUCAGCCGUACCGCGCACCGCGAUUUGGCGAAUUCGGUGAAUGCUUUUGUCGCUCUGCACAGGAGCUCGAGAGUCGAGAAGGUUCCACCGCAGCAGAUGCAAUUAGGGAUCGCGAAGCAGGAGCUAAUGAGUUCGAACAUCCAAGGUCGGCCAGGAACGCCGUUCUCGGAUUGCAGCGAAGACGACAAACUCAUCUUCCUGAACAGCAUCCUGGACUUCAGUCAAGAAAUAUCCCUGAGGAGCAUGGGUGCCCUACUCCAACACGUGAAGUCUCAUUUUCAGAAUAGCGACGCCGUAGUCAUAGCCACUUUGGGCAUGCACAGGGGUUGCGGUCAUCUCUCCGUCCCGAGCCGAACCUUGCGCGACCUGCACAUCCUGGCCGAGGAAGCGCAUCCUUGUGCUUGGCAAGGCGACUCGCGCCGAGCCAGAGAGGGGAUCAGCGUAUAUUCGUUGUUCGAGAGAAACUGUAGCAUUGGACGCGUUCGAUUGAAAUCUCUCUUUUGCGCACCGUACAACGACGUGCGUCAGAUCGAGCAAAGUUUGAGCUCGAUCGAAUAUCUCUUGGACCAGGAAUGUUUAGCGAAAUCGCUGCAUCAGAAUCUCGCGAGAAUCAAGCGGAUUGACCGCAUUCUCGUAAACAUGUGUCAAGGACAAACCACUGUUCCGGAAUGGCAGGUCCUCCGAGACACGUGUCACCAUCUCCUGGUCGUCCAGGGCCUGCUGUCAGCCGCGCCGAACUCGUCGUUGUGUGGCGCGAUCGAGCGCGCUCGUGAAGCUUCCUAUAGAGAUACCAGUAGUAUUCUUCAUAUGAUCGAACGGACGAUAGAUUUCGAAGCUUUCAAAGAAAACCCAUCGUACACGAGUCCCGUGAAAGCGGGGAUCUGCGAUUACCUGGAUGAGAAGAAGAAACAGCUCUUCGGAAAUAUUCACAAAAGACUCACGGAACUCACUCUGACGGAGAUGACGAACCUGCCAGCCGAUGUUUCAGAUGGUCGGAUAAUUUAUUUACCUUGUUGGGGAUUUGUGUUCGCCACCCGCUUGGAGAAUGUUGGGACGAUGCGUCAGCUACAAAGUGUCGAGCAUGUUUGCAAGAUGGAUACCGAGGCGUUUUUCAAAACCUCGAUCACUAGAGAUUUGGACAAGCAGUACGGGGAUCUGCGUAAUAUAAUCAUUCACCGAGAAAACCGCAUAUGCAGAACUUUACAGAUCGAGGUCAUUGAAAGAUCGUGGCAGCUUUUGAAGAUCAUAGAUAAACUGUGUCACCUCGACGCGGUUCUAGCAUUGGCGAUUACGGCUCGUGAGAGAGGAUUCAAGAGACCAAAAAUCAUACCACGCAAUAGAAUCAUCGUAAAAAACGGAUACCAUCCCUUACUGGAAUUUCACAAAGCGCCCGGAGCGAGUCACAUCAUUCCCAAUUCAUACCUUUCAACCGAGAGUGUUCCUGUAAACAUAGUGACCGGAGCUAAUUCGUGCGGCAAGUCUGUUUACUUGAGACAGAAUGCGCUCAUUGUAUACUUGGCUCAUGUAGGAUCGUUCGUUCCUGCUGAAGAUUCGAGAAUAUGUUUAUUGGAUACCAUUCAGACAUCUUUUUUCAUCGACGAAACAAUGCGCGAUCAGGCCUCCUCUUUUGCUUUGCAAUGUCGUCAGAUCGCUUCAGUCGAAAGAAGCGUCGAAUCCGUCCGGGCUCUGGUUGUGAUCGAUGAGUUCGGCAAGGGAACUAACACGGCCGAAGGAGCUGCUCUCUGUGUAGCACUCGUUGAAAAAUUCAUGGAAUGGUCGAAUAGUCCUCAUGUGAUCUUAGCUUCUCAUUACUACAAACAUCUCUACUACUUUCUGAAGCAUCGCCCGAAAGUGGAGUUCCUAACGUUUCGUUAUGUCAUCGAGGGGAACAAUCUUGUCCAAUUGCAUCGAGUCGUUGAUGGAGUAUCCGUUAAAAGUUUCGGCAGUUUCGCCGCGAGAGAGGCCGAUCUACCGCAAGAGGUUAUAGCUACGCAAGAGAGAAUUUCAGCAUUCGGUUUGGACAAUGUUGGUGACUCCGGAUCUUCGACCUACGAAUGCGAUCGAGAUUUCCACAACUUCGCACUCCAGGCUCUCGACGAAGUGAGACUCGCCAUCCGAGACGGAAGAUUUUAA